AUGGCACCAGAUAUCAGAAACUUUUUUGGGCCCAAGGGAGGCCAAGGGGCAGCUUCAAAGCCAGCUAAGCCGGCCCCCAAGGCAUCAGAGGAUAAGUCGAAUCCUCGAAAAAGAAGAAGCAGAAAAGUUGUGGAUGAUAGUGAUGACGAUGAGGAAACGCCUGUUAAAGCACCCCCGAAACCUCAGCCCAAGAAGAAACAAAAACCUGACGAGCCAAAGGCCGAGCCUACCACUACAUCAGAGUACUUCAGCUCAAGUAAGAAGAAUCGCAAACCGAGCACAACCACAGAUAGUAAGCCGCCAAAAACAUCCGAGCCUGAGAAGACGACCUUAGCCACACGGCAGAGCCCGCGGAAAGCUAGUAGAAACUCGCCGUCUAUUGAAGUUCAUGUACCGCCGCCAGUCGCAAAAGAAGUGAAGAAACCUUUGAAAGCUGAGCGGAUAAUUGAUACUGAGGAGCACCUAGGAGGCGACGAUAUUUUUGCCUCCGAAUUUCAGAGAUCCGGAAAGGGCGAUGAUGACUACGAGGAGGAAGAUUCGGAAGAUUUUGAUGAUAUGAUUGUGAAGGCUCCGACUGCUUUGGAUAUAUCCAAAAAUGAUACUCCAACCCCUGCGCUUAAACCCGAAAGAAAAGUGCAGAAGCGAAAAUCGGCUGCAUUGAGCGAAGACGAGGAGAGUGAUGGCGACAGUGGAAAGAAGAAGAAAACCACCAAGGCACGCGCCCCGAAAGCAGCAUCUAAAUCUACACCUAAGAAACCAAGGGCAACUAAAGUAGACCAACCGGAAAGCAAAGAAAUACAGGACAUACUCAAUAGUAUCCCUGAAAUCAGAGCGCCUUCACCGCCAACAGAGGCGAAGAAAUUUAACUUUGCUGCGGCUGCUCAGCGAGCCCAAUCUAAUGGCUCCAUGGACAAUGCGGACCUACCCACCGGCGAGCCGAAUUGCCUUGCUGGUCUCUCUUUCGUCUUCACUGGCGUUCUUGACUCUCUUGGUCGAGAGCAAGGGCAAAACCUGGUGAAAAAAUAUGGAGGCAAAAGCAUGACUGCUCCAAGCUCAAAAACGAGCUAUGUAGUAUUGGGCAAUGACGCUGGUCCGAAGAAGCUAGAGACUAUCAAAAAAUACAAGCUCAAGACCAUCAACGAAGAGGGCCUGUUUGAAUUGAUCAGGAAACUUCCUGCCAAUGGAGGUGACGGAAAGGCGGCUCUACAGUAUGCCGAAAAGAAGAAGGCUGAAGAACAAAAGAUUAAGGAAAUGGCAGCCGAGAUAGAUCGUGAGGAAAAGAAACGUGCAGCAUCAAAACCACAGGCUCCGAGUGUGUCGGACACAGAAUCCAAAUCCAAGGCCACUGGAGAUAAAAGCGAAGGGAUUGACGACCGUCUCUGGACAACCAAAUAUGCCCCCACGUCUCUCAGCAUGAUCUGUGGAAACAAAGGCACAGUUGAGAAACUGCAGACUUGGCUCCGUAACUGGCAUGCGAACGCAAGAGCGGGCUUCAAAAAGCCUGGUAAAGAUGGUUCAGGGACAUACCGCACUGUUAUGAUACAUGGCCCUCCUGGUAUCGGAAAGACGACGGCUGCGCAUCUGGUCGCUAAGCUCGAGAACUUUGAUAUUGUUGAGACAAAUGCUAGUGAUACUCGAAGCAAAAAACUACUCGAAACUACUCUACGUGGAGUUCUUGAUACCACGUCUCUCCAGGGAUACUUUUCGGGUGAGGGGAAGAAAGUUGAACCUGGGAAGAAGAACCUGGUAUUGAUUAUGGAUGAAGUCGACGGAAUGUCCGCCGGGGACCGAGGCGGCGUUGGUGCUGUGGCUGCCAUAGCAAAGAAAACUAGAAUUCCCAUCAUUCUUAUAUGCAAUGAACGAAGGCUUCCUAAAAUGAAACCCUUUGAUCACGUCACAUUCGAGUUACCGUUCAGAAGGCCGACAGCAGAGCAAAUCCGUGCACGACUGUUUACCAUAUGCUAUCGAGAAGGUAUAAAAAUACCACCCCAGGUGCUCGAUGGCCUAAUUGAAGGGACACAUGCGGAUAUUCGACAAGUCAUUAACAUGCUGUCUACGAUAAAACUCAGCGCCAAUAACCUUGAUUAUGACCAAGGCAAGGAAAUGUCAAAAGCAUGGGAGAAACAUGUUAUUCUUAAGCCUUGGGAUAUUGUUGGGAAGAUCCUCAGUGCACAAAUGUUUGCUGCAAGCUCAAAAACAACCCUCAAUGAGAAGAUUGAACUAUAUUUUAAUGACCAUGAGUUCAGUUUCCUGAUGCUCCAGGAAAAUUAUCUGAAGACAAACCCCAUGGCCGCCAACUCCUAUAGUGGCAAAGAGAGGCAGUACAAAUUACUCGAGUUAGCUGACAAGGCCGCAGAGAGUAUCAGUGAUGGUGACUUAGUGGAUAGAAUGAUACAUGGCUCACAACAACAAUGGAGCCUUAUGCCUACGCAUGCCGCGUUCAGUUUUGUGAGACCCGCCAGCUUCAUGGCUGGAAACAUGAUGGAUAGGGUUGGUUUUACUAGCUGGCUGGGAAAUAAUAGUAAACAAGGUAAAAUGGCCCGACAAAUCAAGGAGAUUCAGGGGCACAUGCGCCUACGUGCUUCAGGUGACCGACACGACGUCCGCCAGCAGUACAUGCCCGUAAUAUGGAACAAGACAGUCAAACGAAUGGAGAUUGACGGCAAGGAGGCCGUCGACGAAGUCAUUGAUUUCAUGGACAGCUACUUCUUAACUCGGGAGGAUUAUGAUUCCAUCACUGAGCUCGGCCUCGGGCCCAUGAAUGAAAAGAACAUCAACAUCAACUCCCAGACAAAAGCUACUUUCACACGUCUAUAUAACCAACGCUCGCACCCGUUACCAUUCAUGAAAGCGUCCAGCGUUGUGUCAACCAAGAAGCUCCCGAAGGUAAAACCAGACCUGGAGGACGCUAUCGAUGAAUCUGACGAUGCCGAGGAAAUUCUCGGGGAAGAGGAGGUAGAAGAAGAGGAGAGUGACUUGGACUUGAAGAAAGACAAGUACGUUAAAGCUGCCAAGACAAAGAAGACUGGGGGUAGUACAAAGAAGGCCGGUGCAGCAAAAGCAAAGCCUAGAAAGACUAAGAAGACAGUUGAUGAUGAUGAUGAAAUUGAGUCCGAAGAUGAAGUUCCAAAGAAAAGAGCCCGGAAGCCAAAGUCGAAAGGUAAAGCCUAA